AUGGCAAGCAUGGCAGUGCAGUUACUGGGCUUCUUCACCUGCCUUAUUGGUUUUAUAGGAACUAUUAUUUCCACAGUGCUUCCUCACUGGUGGCGGACUGCACACGUUGGCACCAACAUCAUCACGGCUGUGGCAUAUAUGAAGGGCCUUUGGAUGGAAUGCGUUUGGCACAGUACAGGAAUUUACCAGUGCCAGGUCCACCAGUCUCAGCUGGCCCUUCCUCGAGAUCUUCAGAUUGCCAGAGGUAUGAUGGUCACGUCUUGUGUCCUUUCACUACUGGCCUGCAUGGUCUCUGUCUUUGGCAUGAAGUGCACUCAAUGUGCCAAAGGAUCAUCGGCCAAGAAGAUGAUCUCGGUCCUUGGUGGAGUCCUCUUCCUCCUGGCUGGCUUUACGUGUCUGAUUCCAGUGGCCUGGUGUACCAAUGACGUUGUCAAUGACUUUUACAACCCAGCUCUUCCCUAUGGUAUGAAGUUUGAGAUUGGACAAGCUCUUUAUGUUGGAUUUAUCUCAGCAGGCUUGACUAACAUUGGAGGGAUCAUGUUGCUGUUUACUUCUUGCCGAAAGUCAGUUGACCAAGUGCCGUAUCUCCAUCCAUCACAUCACCUACGGAGGGCAGCUAUGAGCAAGCCAGCACCAGUCCACAAAAGUAGUCAUACCCCUUCCUGGUCCUCUGCCUCUCGUUAUGGCUAUCAAAUCAAUGACUUUGUUUAA